AAAAAAUAAAACAGUAAGGGCGAUAAAUAGCAGAGCAUUCAAUCAGCUGAGCAAUCAGAGAGGCGAGCGAGAAAAAGAAAAUCCCUGCGCUAGCGCUAUUUUGGUGAAAAAUGGCCGCCGCCGCUGCAGCGCUCAAGACUCCCUUAAGUUUGGGCAGAUCAGAGUGGUUUGGCCAGACUCUCAGACCAAAUUCUUCUUCCCUUCAGACUCACUCCGUUUCCACCUCACCUGCAUUGAAUGUCAGGGCCACCGCUUACAGCGAUGAGCUUGUCAAAACGGCGAAAACUGUGGCGUCUCCAGGAAGAGGUAUUUUGGCAAUGGACGAAUCAAAUGCGACCUGUGGGAAGAGGCUGGCUUCCAUUGGGCUGGAAAACACGGAGGCCAAUCGGCAGGCGUACCGUCAAUUGCUGGUUAGCGCUCCUGGUCUGGGCCAGUACAUUUCCGGAGCUAUUCUCUUCGAGGAGACUCUCUACCAGUCCACCACCGAUGGAAAGAAGAUUGUCGAUGUUCUUAUUUCUCAGAAUAUUGUGCCCGGAAUCAAAGUUGACAAGGGUUUGGUCCCCCUGGCUGGUUCCAACGACGAGUCCUGGUGCCAAGGUUUGGAUGGCCUCGCUUCAAGGUGCGCCGCGUACUAUCAGCAGGGAGCUCGAUUCGCCAAAUGGCGUACAGUUGUGAGCAUUCCAAACGGACCUUCAGCCUUGGCAGUGAAGGAAGCUGCCUGGGGCCUUGCUCGCUACGCUGCAAUUUCCCAGGACAAUGGGCUGGUCCCAAUUGUGGAGCCAGAAAUCCUGCUGGACGGAGAGCACGGCAUAGAGAGGACAUUUGAAGUAGCCAAAGAGGUGUGGGCGGAGGUGUUCUUCUACCUUGCCGAAAACAACGUGAUGUUCGAAGGGAUUCUUCUGAAGCCAAGCAUGGUGACACCUGGUGCCGAGCACAAAGAGAAAGCCUCGCCCGCCACAGUCGCUGAAUACACCAUCAAGCUUCUCCGAUCAAGGGUCCCACCAGCAGUUCCUGGAAUCAUGUUCCUCUCUGGAGGGCAAUCUGAAGUGGAGGCGACAUUGAAUUUGAAUGCAAUUAACCAAGAAACCCACCCAUGGCACGUUUCCUUUUCAUACGCACGUGCACUGCAAAACACGUGCCUGAAGACAUGGGGCGGCAGGGCUGAGAAUGUGGAGGCGGCACAGAAGGUUCUGGCAGCACGCGCCUCUGCCAACUCACUCGCUCAGCUUGGCAAAUACACAGGCGAAGGAGAAUCUGCGGAGGCCAAGGAGGGCAUGUUCGUCAAGGGCUACACAUACUAGAUCUACAUCUGCAUCUACCACUUAGCACUAAUAUUAUGUUAAUGCUGCUGGUUUAGUCACCCCUUCUCAUCAAACCCUAUUUUUGUUUAUUGUUGUUGUACUUAGACUUGUGCUCUUUUUAGUGUUGCUAUUUAUGCCAGUCUAUGAUGACAUCCGUUAAUAGUAAUACAUACUAAUGAGAAAGUGCACUAUUUCAUGGCUUGCUUUUCUAAA